AUGCCACUGAGCAACUGCUACAGUUUCCUCCACUCUCCCUCUCCCGCUUCUGACGUCAACUUGCCAACACGCCCCUCCUCUGAUAACCAAUCCGCAUUUUUGCCAACUCAUCCACCUCAGUCAGACGAUACUCUGCUCGCAAGCGUUUCGACCCGGUCGGACGAGGCCGGCUUCUCCCUUAGAUCUGCCAUCCCUUCUUCCUUGACCUCGCUACUGGACGCUGCGUCCACUCAGGUAUCCAAGGUGACUGAAACUUCUAUUAAGCUUGCACAAUCCAGUCUGGCUUCCGUUGGCUCGGCUUCCCCGUUCUUUUCCCCGUCCUCUGAAUCGUCGAGAAAGCCGACGGACCCGUCAGAAAGCUCGCCAACAUCGCCUCGAUCCAACUUGAAGCCAGCUUCGGAGCCUGCCACCGCGAACCCCGCUCGAGGUAGCACGACUUUCACGUUCUGUCUCUUCGGAGCUGCUUCUACUCUUGCUAUCUACCUGCUCGCACGCAAUCGGCAAAAUAUGAAACAUCUUCAAACCGCCAGAAGCCUCGCUUACCGGGAUGCACGCGCUUGGCGUCGUGUAGCGCUCGAUUUCGCUAGGAUCAAUGCGCUGUCGGGUAGCCGGGUGCAGAGCUUAGUUGCGGCAGGUCUCCGUGAUGGCCAAGCCGGUGGCGAAAUCGGCCGUCAGAUCGAACGCGAGCUCGAAGAAGCUACCCGAGCUGUAGCACAGCGACGCGAUUGGAUCAAACAGCAGGAUCGCAAAACUGCUCAGUGCGCUGCCCCUUUCUCCUCUCAGCGUAGCUUUAGUGGCGCUUGGGGUGACAUCUUUGAUCCGCACCACACAGAAUUUUUCUUUGGUUCCCAUGUAGGCCGAAGAGGAUCAGAGCUGGGAGACUACGGCAGAUGGAAGCCUAGGCACUCUUCACGACAUGACGAUAUCUCUUGCGCCUCAAGCGAUGGUCUUCCGUUCAAAGCAUCGGAGGCCAGGACGCGCGCCUCCUCGUCUGCUACAUCGGCUAGUCCAAACCCGGCCGAACACAGCGCUCAGCUCAAGUGGCAGAGGGCUGCAGGACAUUCGGCUUCUGCAUCUCAGGCGAACAGCAAAAGUCCGACGGGGGUAGACUCUGCUCUCUCAGCUAGCGUUGAUGCACAGCCUGAUAGUCGAGAAGAGUGGAUUGGCGAUGUGGAUCGUGCCAUUCGCGAACGCGAUCUCAGGUCAUCCCAGUCACCCUCUGGAACCGACCAGGCUGCCGUCGAUCCAUUCUCCCAUUCCGAGUCCGAGCCAACCAUCGACGCUGACAGGCGAGAGUCUGGCGUUGAAGACGGGAACUAUCUGCUACCCGUCUCAGACCUGCACAUUGCCACGAACGGCCAGCUUCGUGAUGUGUCAGCCGAAGUGCCAAUCAACCACGUCAAGUCUGAGGCAAAGACAAAGACAAACCGGACCAAGAUCGGCGCCACCAAGGUCAACACAACGGUGACCGGCACUGACAAGUCCUCUUAUCCCCUAUCGGACCAGUUUGGAGAUUUGCAUGAUGUCUAUAUCGCUGCUUGGGAUGACAACUUGACAGGGCGUGAGCAGUCGACGAUUUCCCAGCUCAAGCCAGACAUCACCACAAGCGGCAACGAAGCAAAGCCGAAUCAAGCGCUCUUUACGAAACUGCGCUCCCAGAGGGCAACGAAUGGCCUUGCCAAGAAUCCAUCGACUACGGACGAUGAGAUCGAGUUUAUGGCAGAGCUUAUGUUCCCAUCCGCUGCGGCACAAGCAUCCCCCGCUCAAGCCAAGCCUUCUGCUAUGCAAUCUGUGGCAACACCUACUACCAGCACCAAAGAGGAGGAACUGCUGAAACAGCUUGACCACAAGCAGGCCGAGCUGACGGAGUACAAGUACAAGAUCGACGAGCUCUCGGAACGUCUAGAUACAAUGCGCGACAUGUGUCACGACUUGACCGACGAGGCAUCGAGGCGCGAAAAGAUGCACAAGAUCCAAGUCGAGCAGCUCGAUCACAAGAUUGGUCUUUUCACCGUAUGGGCAGAAGAAGUACAGCGUAGAUUGGGCCUCGAGACGCCACCGUUCUUUGCGUCGCUUCGCAAUCCGCUCAAGCGCGAGUGA